AUGCGGAAAAUCUUGAUCGAAACUAAGAUUCUUGAGAUUGAGAAUUCAGAAGCAAGAAAGUCAAUUCAUUCUAUAGUUCCAGAAGACAAUACUUUCCAGUUCAUUAACCAAGGUGAAUUUACUUAUGGUGAAUGGUUUUACGCGGCGGAUUACCGUCGUGUUGACCCUGGACCAUAUUCAUACCCAUUCAGUCUAUAUUUCUAUAGCACUAUCAAGGAUGCUAAUAAACUUGUUCUUGGCAUAAGUGGUGGUGAGACUGGAAGAGACUCAAUAUUUUGGGUUUGGAGUGCUAAUCCAACCGACCCUGUUGGUGAAAAUUCUACUCUCACUUUUGGAAGUGAUGGUAAUUUAGUCCUUGCUGAUUUCGAUGGUCGUGUAGCAUGGCAGACUAAUACAGCCAACAAAGGUGUUACUGGUAUCUCCAUGCAACCAAAUGGGAAUUUAGUACUUCAUGAUAAAGACGGGAGAUUUAUCUGGCAGAGCAUCAAUUAUCCAAGUGAUGGCCUUUUAGUAGGUCCAUCACUUAUGCACAGCCGUAGUAAGAAACUCGUUAAUGGUCCUUACAGUUUAGUGAUUGACAAAAACGGAUUCAUAAUGUAUCAAAACAAAUCAGGUACACUGGUUCGGUAUGCAGGUUGGGAAGCAAGCGGUCUUCGUAAUGUAAAGUAUGAUUCAGCUCAACAAGAUGAUGCUACUACUGCUACUUAA